GUUCCCCUUCGUCGUUCUCUCCUUCGCAUUUCGAGCUCUUGUUCUCUCGAGACCUCGUCCUUUUCUCUCGCUCCAUCGCCUUCUUCGCCGUUCCUUGCGGGCUUCCUCCGUCCGUCCUUGGUGAUCUCACGGCGCGCUGCAACGGAUUAGUAAAGUGCAAUGGCUAUGAUUGAUGAGCCGCUAUAUCCAAUUGCUAUAUUGAUAGACGAGUUGAAAAAUGAAGAUAUUCAGCUGCGGUUAAACUCCAUUAGAAGGCUUUCUACAAUUGCCAGAGCACUUGGUGAGGAAAGGACUAGAAAAGAAUUGAUACCUUUUCUUAGUGAAAACAAUGAUGACGACGACGAGGUGCUUCUUGCCAUGGCGGAAGAGUUAGGCGUUUUUAUUCCUUAUGUUGGGGGAGUUGAAUAUGCCCAUGUUUUGCUACCACCAUUGGAGACUCUAUGCACAGUUGAAGAAACCUGUGUUAGAGACAAGGCUGUUGAAUCACUAUGUCGAAUUGGGGCACAAAUGAGGGAAGCUGAUUUGGUAGAGUGGUUCAUACCUCUAGUCAAGAGACUGGCUGCUGGUGAGUGGUUUACUGCUCGUGUUUCAUCCUGUGGGCUCUUUCAUAUUGCUUAUCCAAGUGCACCUGAGCUGUUGAAGGCAGAUCUAAGGUCUAUCUAUGGCCAAUUGUGUCAAGAUGACAUGCCUAUGGUAAGAAGGUCUGCAGCAUCGAAUCUUGGUAAAUUUGCUGCUACGGUUGAACAGAGCCAUCUGAAAACAGACAUCAUGUCAAUAUUUGAGGAUCUAACACAAGAUGAUCAAGAUUCAGUCCGGCUGUUGGCUGUUGAGGGCUGUGCAGCUCUUGGAAAAUUGCUGGAACCCCAGGAUUGUGUAGCCCAUAUCCUCCCGGUUAUUGUUAAUUUCUCCCAGGAUAAAUCUUGGCGAGUUCGCUAUAUGGUUGCAAAUCAGCUGUAUGAACUUUGUGAAGCUGUUGGCCCAGAGCCUACUAGAUCGGAUCUGGUCCCUGCAUAUGUACGGCUUCUUCGUGACAAUGAGGCUGAAGUGCGUAUAGCUGCUGCUGGCAAGGUGACAAAGUUCUGCCGCAUCUUGAAUCCACAACUUGCAAUCCAGCACAUUCUUCCUUGUGUGAAGGAAUUGUCUUCAGAUUCUUCCCAGCAUGUGCGUUCAGCUUUGGCCUCUGUAAUUAUGGGUAUGGCACCUGUCUUGGGAAAGGAGGCAACCAUUGAACAAUUACUACCCAUUUUUCUCUCAUUACUGAAGGAUGAAUUUCCAGAUGUUCGACUGAACAUUAUUAGCAAACUUGAUCAAGUAAAUCAGGUUAUUGGGAUUGAUUUGCUUUCCCAGUCACUUUUGCCAGCCAUUGUUGAGCUUGCAGAGGAUAGGCAUUGGAGGGUCCGACUGGCCAUAAUUGAAUAUAUCCCCUUAUUGGCUAGUCAGUUAGGCAUGGGCUUUUUCGAUGACAAACUUGGUGCUCUAUGCAUGCAGUGGUUGGAAGACAAGGUUUUCUCAAUUCGUGAUGCAGCUGCAAAUAACUUAAAGCGUCUCGCAGAAGAAUUUGGCCCUGAAUGGGCAAUGCAGCAUAUAGUUCCGCAGGUGCUGGAGAAGAUCAAUAAUCCACACUAUUUAUAUCGCAUGACCAUCUUGCAUGCUAUCUCUUUACUAGCCCCGGUCAUGGGCUCAGAAAUCACAUGCCAAAAGCUUUUGCCAGUGGUUAUCAAUGCUUCAAAGGACAGGGUACCCAACAUUAAAUUUAAUGUUGCAAAGGUGUUACAGUCUCUCAUUCCAAUUGUUGACCAUUCUGUGGUGGAGAACAGUAUUAGGCCAUGUUUGGUUGAGCUCAGUGAAGAUGCUGACGUGGAUGUUAGAUAUUUUGCUGCACAGGCACUGCAGGCAUCUGACCAGGUUAUGAUGUCAAGCUAGAAAACACGCAAGCUUCUAAACAUAACUUUCAAAAGUUUCUUCAUCCCUGUGCCUAUACAUCCACGACAUUCUUCUGCUCUAUGGAGGAACCUUUAGUUUGGGUCUUGGGUCCUAAUCAGACUAUGGGCGACCUAAAUACUGCUAAUAUUUUUGGUGUGCCGUUGUAUUCUUAUUCUUUCCUGAUUAAGAAUGUUCUUUGAGAAAAGAACAUUUUCUUUUUUA